AUGAAUUUCAAGAACCUUAGGGAGUACCUGGCUUGGCUCUACUACCAGUACCUUCUGGUCACCGGCAUCUACGUGUUGGAGCCUUGGGAGAAGUCCCUCUUCAACUGGGUCCUGUUGUCAGCCAUCGCCAUGGUGAUAUACACUUCCUACGUCUUCGUGCCUAUCCACGUGCGCCUCGCCCUUGAGUUCUUCUUUGGCAUCUGCGGCAGUCGGCUGGACAGCGCAGUAACGGGUCCAAAUUCUCUCUGGGCACUACGUUCCCUUUACAAGGACGAGCAUUCUUUGAUUAAAAAUGAUCUGGAUUGCAUAGAACUGAUUGAUUAA